GCUGAAAAGAUAACUUUUGUAUUUGUUUUCUAUUUUUAUUAUUAAAAAAAAUAUUUAAUAGUUUUGGAACCCAAGCGUUGUUUGCAAAAAUGAACAACAACAACCCAAAUAUUGUAUUCCAUCCUCUUAUAAGUUCAAUUCAGAAAGUUAUCCUCUAUGAAACCAAAACAAAACUUUAUCUAGUUGGAAGUAACAUCCGCGAAACCCGCUUCCGUCUUCUCAUAAUCGACCGAACCAAACAAGACACUCUCGACAUUACAGAAGAUCCAAAUGAAAAAAAUGCCGCCGAGAUACGUCGUUUUGUUAGCGCUUUAGGUAAUCCCAAAGUUGUAAGUGCCUAUGGGGUUUUAGGGUUUGUCAGAUUUCUCGAGGGUUACUAUUUAAUUUUGGUAACUAAAAGAAAAGGAUGUGCAUUUAUAGGAAUGCAUUUAAUCUACACUAUCAAAGACACUGUCAUGGUUAGGGUAAAUGAGUCAUCACAUCGUUUGGCUCACCCGAAUGAACAACGCUACAUUAAAAUGUUCCAAAGCAUUGAUUUGCGAAGUAAUUUCUACUUCAGUUAUAGCUAUGAUCUGACUAGAACUCUUCAAUAUAAUUUGUCAGCUCCACGUUAUGUCGGUCCUGGAGUGGAUAUCGAGAAAGAUGAUCCACUACCUGAUUGGGAUACUCUCACUAAUAAUGUCGAGAAUGAGAAUGAAAGAGUUGACUAUGCUUUUCGUAGUAAUCCAAGAAAUCGUUUCGUUUGGAAUGCUUUUCUUUUAACUCAUAUGCAGCACAUUAUGCUGAAAGAUUGGCUUCUGGAAGUCGUUCAUGGCUUUGUCAGUCAAUCUUGCAUAAGUAUCUUUGGAAGACACGUUAAUGUGUGUCUUUUGGCUCGUCGAAGCACACGUUUCGCUGGCACACGGUUCUUAAAAAGGGGAGCAAACUUUAAAGGUGACGUUGCCAAUGAAGUUGAAACUGAACAAAUCGUCACAGAUGGACAUAGAAUGUGUAGUUUCACUCAGAUGCGUGGAUCAGUACCAUCGCACUGGUCACAGGAUAUUAGUAAAAUGGUUGCCAGACCACCGAUAUCCUUGGAUAUCUCUGAUCCAUUUGCACAAACUCCAUCGCGUCAUUUUGAUCGUUUACUCUUUCACUAUGGAGCUCCAUUGAUUGUCCUCAAUCUGGUUAAGAAAGGCGAACGUCGUAAGCAUGAGAGUAUUCUUGCCCAAGAGAUAAAAAGUAGUGUAAAGUAUUUGAAUCAAUUCUUGCCUCCACACUUUCGCAUUCAAGAUAUUCACUUUGAUAUGGCUCGGAAGAGUCGAGGAGGUGGUAAUGUUAUGGAAAUGUUGGCAGAUAUUUCUGAGAAAGUCGUCCAACAGACUGGAAUGUUCUUUAAAGAUCGUAAUGAAAAGAGUUUCCAAACUGGACUUGUUAGGGUUAAUUGUGUGGAUUGUUUGGAUCGGACGAAUACUGCACAGUUUGCUAUUGGGAAGUGCGCUCUUGCCCAUCAGUUGGCCAAAUUGGGAUUCAUCAAACCACCUCGUUUGGAGUUUGAUUCAGAUUGUGUGACAAUGUUGGAGAAUUUGUAUGAGGAUCAUGGAGAUACCUUAGCUUUGCAGUAUGGUGGUUCUCAGUUAGUACAUAGAAUUAAAACUUAUCGAAAGACAGCUGUUUGGGCUUCUCAAGGAAACGAUAUAAUGCAGACGUUGAGUCGUUAUUAUAGCAACACUUUUAGUGAUACCGAGAAGCAGCAUAGCAUCAAUUUAUUCCUUGGGUAUUACAUUCCCAGUAGGACCCAUUCCAAACAAAACCAACCGAUUUGGGAGCUCACAUCGGAUUAUUACAUGCACAACACCUACAAGCCGCAGAGUCCACGGAACGAAAGUACACUCUUAACUGACUGGAUUCGUCCGAAAGUUCGUUCAUGCUUGCCAUGGCCUUGUUCGGAUAAAAAUAAAAUUGUUAAAGAACUCUUUCGAGUUCAUUCAAAAGAUCUGGAAAUGAUUGAUUCAUAUUCCAACUAUCACAUGUCUUUCAAACUAACUGAUUUUGGAGAACAUAUUGCUUUCGAAAUAAGUCAAAUGUCGAUUCGUUACUUGCCAACUUUCCGUAUCAAUUUUAGUCCUUUCCAAAGACAUGAGGUUCGUGCUAGUCGACAGAAUCCCUCCCUUACUGGACAAAGUUCAUCCACCAGCAAUGAUUCAAGUUCAUCGUCGGAUGAAGAUAAUGCCAGUUCAGAUGAUGAGUCUUAUGGUGGUGGAGAAAAUAUUUCCAAUCAAAUUGAAGAUGAAGAACAAGGUCCAUUGACUUUUGAAUCGUUGCUUCCAUCAAUGGAAAUAGUUUAUGGAUGCACAAUAGCCAAUCCAAGUAAAUCGAGUACGGCUCUUUAUAAGAAAUACGUACAAAUAGGGAAGUUAUCAUCGCCGCAAUUGUAUCCAUCGGUGUCGAGUCGAGAACAAGAUGCUGGGAAGAUGAUGCGUAGCAUCGAUUUGAAACCGUUGAGUGAUUAUGGAACGGAUUCAUAUGAAAGUGUCAAACCGCCAAUAGUUAGCGAGAAAAGUAAGAAAAUAUACGAAGAGUAUUGUAAGAUUCCGAGGAAAUUUAAUGCAGUGCCAAAGUUUGAGGAUUGUGCUGCACUUUAUACUUAUAUUAAGAUGAUUUAAUUAUAACAUAGAAUGUAAUAAGACGGUAUUUUUUAAUGAAAUAUAUUUAUUCACAAACAAAAUAAAAAAAAAUUAAGGAUU